UUCCUCCUCCUUCUGCUCCUCCUCCUCCUUCUCUUCCUCCGCCUGCUCCCGCUCCUCCUCCUUCUCUGAGCUCCCGACGUCCUGCAGCGUUGUGGAUAAUUCAAAAAUGGCAGAACUUUUCAUGGAAUGUGAAGAAGAAGAGUUGGAACCAUGGCAGCAGAAAGUAGAAGUUCAAAAUAAAGAUGAUGAUGAUGAGUUGAUCUUUGUUGGAGAGAUAUCAAGUUCUAAACCAGCCAUUUCAAAUAUUUUGAACAGAUGUAGCCCUGGCUCAUCUUCAAAGGGACUAAAGAAUGACUCACUCAAUCCAGCUAUUUCAAAUAUAUUCAAACCUGCAAAUCGACACUAUAGAAAUCCAUCACCUAAUCCAGUGGCUGCUUUGCCUAGAUUUCAUCCUGAAUCCAAAUCUUCAGAGAGUUCUGGUGUUCAGACUGUGUCUAAACCUAGUUUUUCAAAGACUUCAUCACAAGAUGAUACAGGUGCUUCUUCUGUCUUACAGUUAGACUCAACCAAGGAUACACCACCCUCCAGCAUACUGAAAAAGAGUACAGAAGGUAUCGAUCAAGCUUCAUUAGGAUUAAAACAUCCUUCUACUUCCAAAGUAAACAGUGUUAAUCCAAAAAAGCCAAAGACCAAUACAAGUGUUUCUGAAGCAAGUCCUUCCUCUCCAUCAUCUUCAAGCAAUUCUCCGUCAGAGGCUUCCUCCCCGGUUACAGUAGCAAAUGAAAAUACCUCAUCAAUUCAGUCUGAAACUGGAGCACCUUCACUAAGAUCUUGUCCAAAGUGCAGUGUGAAGUUCAGUUUUUUGGAUCCUUUGAAAUGCCACAUGAAGCAUUGCUGCCCAGACAUGAUAAACAAUCUUCUGGAGACUCUUAAGUCAGAACAUUCAAGGGCUGAAAACAAAGCUAACAUAGACUCGGAUAAAGAAAAAUUGAUCAUGCUAGUUAGUGAUUUUUAUUAUGGAAGACAUGAAGGAGCUAUUGAGGAAGAACUGAAGACUCACACAACUUUUAAAUGCUUCAGUUGCUCCAAAGUUCUUAAAAAUAAUAUUAGGUUCAUGAACCACAUGAAACAUCACUUGGAACAUGAAAAACAGAACAGUGAGUCCUGGGAAAGCCAUACUACAUGCCAGCACUGCUACAGGCAGUAUCCCAACCCAUUCCAGCUACAGUGCCACAUUGAGAGUACACACACUCCUCAUGAUUUUUCUACUAUUUGCAAAAUCUGUGAAUUGUCAUUUGAAACAGAGCAUAUGCUUUUACAACAUAUGAAGGACACUCAUAAACCCGGUGAAAUGCCAUAUAUUUGCCAGGUUUGCCAGUUUAGAUCGUCAAUAUUUUCUGAUGUAGAAACUCACUUUAGAUCAUCCCACGAAAACACUAAGAACUUGCUAUGUCCAUUUUGUCUCAAAGUUAGUAGAAUGGCAACCCCUUAUAUGAAUCAUUACAUGAAACAUCAGAAUAAAGGAAUUCAUCGUUGCCCAAAAUGCAGACUACAGUUUUUGACCUGCAAGGAAAAAACAGAUCAUAAGUUAGAACAUCGUACAUUUAUAAAGCCUAAAGAACUAGAAGGAUUGCCUCCUGGAACAAAAGUUACUAUUCGAGCUUCAUUUGGAUCUGUUCAGUCAAGAUCGUCAACCCCACCUUCUAGUCCUAUUCCAAGUACUUCUCUUCAAGUCUCAUCUCCAACAUCUAAAAGUACAACUACUAAAAAUAACACAAAAGUAUCUGCAAAUAAAAGUAAGAUAAGUAAGGCUCAGCCAGUUUUAAGCACGACGAUAAGUAAACCCAAUACAAGUAAAUCAGGUACAGGUGCAACUAAAUCCAAAGCCAAGCCAUCCUACAAGCAGAAGAAACAGCGCACCAGGAAAAACAAAUUCAGUAUAGCUUUGAAGAACUUGAGAUGUCACCAGGGAAUUCACACGUGUAUGGAGUGCCAUUCCAAAAUAAAAGACUUUUCAAGCCACUUUUCCACAUACAUAAAUUGUGAUUUUUGCAAGUACAUCACUAACUGUAACAAAGCCUUUACAAAUCAUAUGAGCUCUCAUAGUGACCACCCAAGUAAACAGUUUUGUAUUUUUAAGAAGCAUUCAAGAGCAAUCAGGGGCAUCACUCUAGUGUGCCUUAAAUGUGACUUCCUAGCUGAUACUUCUGGCUUAGACCGUAUGGCUAAACACUUAAAUCAACGUAAAACUCAUACUUGCCAAGUUGUAAUAGAAAAUGUUACUGAAAGAACUUCUGAAUCCACUUCUGACGGCUUGUUGAAAUAGAUUCCUGCUCUAUGGAGCUCGUGCAACCUGGUGCAAGACAAGUUGGAAUUUCCUAAGUUCAAAGUUCUGCAGUGUUUGCUUUCACAAAUCCAGUUUCCUAAGUUCAAAGUUCUGAAAUGUUUCACGAAGGCAGUUAAAAUCCACAACACUAGCUCUCUUUACUCAGCUCUUUUCAGCUUUCCGAUGGCAGGAGACUCUUAUUCCACCUUAUCUUUGUGUCAGGUUAACAUAUCUUAACAUGUACUUUUCUUCUCCAGUUGACUGAAAAAAGAACUUUUGCUAUAGUCUUUUCUUGCUUUGCUUCACAUAAGUUGUGUUUUUCUCUGCUGUACUUGCCUUCAGAACAUUACAUAUGAAACAGAGUAGCUCUUCCUGUUUCUUUUUGUGUGUUUUGUCUGCUUCUUAAUUUCUUAUAAGUCUUGCUGGUCAGUUAGCUACUUUUUCCUUCACUCUUUGUCUGUCAUUGUUCUAUUUUUCGUAUUUUUCAGAUGCAGAUGCAACACAGAAAUUUCAAAAAAUGUCCAGUGUACUCCUGGACAGUGUCCCCCUUCGAUGGACACAACUGAUGCCUGUUCUCUCUUUCCAAGGAAUAUGAAUUGUUUGACUGUGAGACCUGUUUCAGUUUGUGGCCUUGGGAAUUUAUCAGUUCUUAGGCACAGUCCUUUCCUACCUGACUGGCCUUACAUAAGGCUGAUGUUGAUUUGGCCAUCAGUGACUUCAAGGGCCACCAAAUUGAGCACAAACUUCUCUCUGGGAGCUUUGGUUCUUAAGUUUAGGCUUAUGGAUUGAUUAUAACCAUGAAACUUCAUCAAGUAAGUGCUUUAACAUCCAAGUUCAAGUUUAAUCAUUCUGGCUGCAGCCUUUUAAUCUUCCUCUAGCAUGAAUGCAGUCUGAGGUAUAUGAAAAACCUGAUUGUGUAGGGAGUGAAGAUUACUUUCAUUUUCUUGGAAAAGCAAGCUUUGUGAAGUUCUAGCUCCAAAGUAAGUUAUUUACGUUGGUUGUCCUUUCAAGUUUUAGCCAGUAGUUCAAGAGUUCUCAGCAGUGCUAGGAUUUAAAUUCCUAAUUUUUAAAAAAUUAAAGUUUGAUAGCUUGAUUUUUGUCAUUCAUCAAAUUUAUUGAUGUCUACUUUGUAUGUCUACUUUUGUGAUUUCUGAUUAAAUCUUUUGUUUUGUGUUUGUUAAAAAUGCCAAGAAAUUUCUUUAAUAUUUCCUUCAGAUUUCAUGCAGCUACCUAUUGGUAGUUUCUUUUUUUUUUUCUUUUCUCUUGGUUUUGGUUUUGGUUUUUUGAGACACAGUCUCUACUAUAUAGACCAGGCUAACCUUGAACUCACAGAUUUCCACCUGCCUCGGCCUCCUAGGUGCUGGAUUUAAAGGCAUUGUGGUACUUGUUCAGGUCAUCAGACAUUAAUAUAUGCUCUGUCUGUCUUGAGACUAUCAGUAACAUCUUAGGGGUCUGGAAUUCUAAGACAAGAGCAAACGCUCCCCUUACAAAUCUUAAAACACAUUUGAAGUUACAUUGCUAUUCACUUAGUAGUUGUCUUCUUAUCCAUUAAUGUAAUUCCUUUAGAUAAAGAUAAUAUAUUCAAAAAUAUUGGGACCAAAAACACACUUGUUUCUUGCCCACAUAUAUAUAGAGAAAGAUGUAUAUUUUUUUAUUUUGGUGUUUGUUUAUUUUGGUUACAUCGAAUAUAGAUUUUCUGAACAGUUUUGAUGUUGCUUAUUUUUUUAAUAAAAUUUGUAUUGUUAAA